CUUGCUAGAAUCUCCUCCGUUGUCUCGGCACCACCAUUCAAUUCCACCAAGUAGAAGACAAGAUUUCAUCACACACUUCAUGAGCACAAAGUUGUAUUCCAUAUUUAAAAGAUUAAGAUCUGGGCAUUUAUAGAGAAUAUCUAAUUUUUUACACCAUUGAAUCCCCUCCCAGCCCCCUACAUGAUAUGAUAGAUUUCCCUAGAUUUACAAUAAAGUACAUAAGUAUCAAGGGAAGACUAUGAGAGACACUUUUAUAUGUGUUAUUCAAAUUUCUAACAUACAUCCUCUGCCAAACCAAGCUUAUGUGUAUACAUGAAUGAAUUUCAAGAAAAAGCAAUUGGUUUAGGAAGGGGAGCUCCAUUUUCUUUCCCUUUAGUCAUAAAAUCCUCUCACUGUUGGCAAGAUUUAGAAGGGAAGACGCAAUUAAUACACAAUUAUUUUCCAUAAAUAGAUAAUAAAAAGCUUUAUACACGUCUAAGUCGUGAAGCUUUGCCUCAAGCUUCAACUGAUUCUCCACUCUUUUUUGUUUGAGACGCCCUUCAGUUACCAUAUUCUGGCGUCGUUCCCUGAUUUGAGUCUGUACCAUACUCCACGAAAGGAUUUAGGUGUACAGUUAUGGAGGGAAUUAAUGGGAAUGUGGUUGACUGACUUGUAAAAUAAAGGGGAAAACUGGUUUGAAGAGUUAAAGUAAAAAAAAAAAUUUUAAUUCAUGAUUAUCUAUUGCAGCAUAACGGGUAUGUUAUCAACAAAUUAUAAUAAUAGUUGAAAUUAUUAAAAAAUAAUUAAUAAUUGAGAUUAAUUUUAAUUAAUAGAUAAAAGUUGAAAUUAUUUUAAGCAAAAUUUUCCAAAAUUAAAAUAUUUAAUCAAAUAAGUCCUCAACUAAACCAAAAAAAAAGGACGAAUUAUUAGAAAUAAUGAAGAAGAGUAUUCAGAGUAAAAAAAAUAGAAAUAGUACUUUCUACUGAAGAUUCAACAACUCCUCCACUCACUAGGCAGCUCUCCAGAGAGAGAAACACAUACAAUGAGGCCCGACGACGAGCCCGACCUAAAUCGUCCAGGACUGGUACCGGGCUUGAUCGGUGGUCACAGAAAGAAAGGGACAGGGGUUCGGGUCUGGUUGGUGAUAGACUCCCAGGGCCAAGCCCAAGUAGUGGAAGCUGGAAAACAUUCAAUCAUGCGGCGCACGGGCCUUCCAGCCCGAGACCUGAGAAUAUUAGAUCCACUUCUAUCUUACCCAUCAACAGUUCUGGGUAGAGAAAGAGCAAUUGUGAUAAAUUUGGAGCAUAUUAAAGCUAUAAUUACUGCACAGGAAGUUCUUUUGCUUAAUUCUAAAGAUCCUUCUGUUACCCCUUUUGUUGAGGAGCUUCAAAGAACAUUGUUGCGUUUACAUCAAGCUUCUAAAAUUCAGGAUGCUGGAGGUGGGGGAGAUAAUAGUGAAUGGAGAAAUUUAUAUGACCUUGAGGAGCCCCAAAGUGCUGAUCUCAGCCCUAUAGAUGCUCAAUGUGGCUUCCCUCCACGCCAAGGCAUAAGUGACGAGAGAGGUGACUUGGAGGAAAAAGAAGAUUUGAAGAACAGAGAUGGAGCUAAGGCCCUUCCAUUUGAAUUUGUUUCUCUGGAGGCUUGCCUUGAAGCAGCGUGUAGUUCCUUAGACAAAGAGGCAAGGACUUUAGAGCAAGAAGCUCAUCCAGCCCUGGAUAAGCUAACUUCAAAAAUCAGUACCCUCAACUUGGAACGUGUUCGGCAAAUUAAGAGUCGAUUGGUGGCACUUACGGGACGCGUUCAAAAGGUGAGAGAUGAACUUGAACACCUGCUAGAUGAUGAUGAAGAUAUGGCUGAAAUGUAUUUAACUGAGAAGUUGGCUGCGCAAAACCUUGAUGGUUCUUCUGUUUCUUCAGUUAACGAGCAGGAUUAUGUUGGACACAGACCCCAAGGUGAAGUGGAUGAAAGGAUACCUGCCGAAAUUGCAGAAGUACAUGGGGAUUCAGGUAGAUAUGAAGGUGAUACUAUUCCACAAGACCACUAUUUUGGUGGGCCUGCUCGACUAGCGAGAAGCGGGACACGUACUAGCACUACACACAGUGCCAUAAGCAAGCACCUUGAUGUAGAGGAGCUUGAAAUGCUUUUGGAGGCGUACUUUGUACAGAUUGAUGGCACACUUAACAAACUUACUACGUUACGGGAGUAUGUGGACGACACAGAAGAUUACAUCAACAUAAUGCUGGAUGACAAACAGAACCAUCUUCUGCAAAUGGGUGUCAUGCUUACAACCGCGACUUUAGUGGUGAGCGCGUUUAUUGUCGUGGCUGGUAUUUUCGGAAUGAAUAUUCACAUUGAUCUCUUUGACGAAACCAAAGCUGGAGACCCGGAAUUUCUCUGGACUGUUGGUGGUGGAGCAACAGGUUGCUUAGCCCUUUACGUGAUUGCUGUCGCCUGGUGCAAGCACAAGCGUCUGCUUGAGUGAUCUUUCGACAUGCAGGUUAUUGCAAGGAUUUUCUUUGUUAUUGAAUAUUGAUUCUGUAUAUGUUUGUUAUUAUAGUGUGUAUUGUUUGAACGCAAUGAACCAUGUAAAGUAGCAGCCGUAGUUAACUACAAUAACAAUAAUGUAAGAGUCUUAAUCUCAAAAGAUCAUUAUCGGUUAACAACAAUACAUAAUUUGAAUGUAUAUUUUGAUUUGUACGACUACGAAUACACUUUGUGCUCUACCACCUAUACUAGAAAAAAUUGUAGUUUUUGGAUCA